GCGGGGAUAUGCGAAAUCUUACACGGCUGCACGCGCAGUGGAGUGGGCGUGGCGUGUAUUCGGGCAGGGAGAAAAGCAAAACAAUCCGUUUAACUUGUCCCUUUACCGGCUGCAUUUGGCUUGUUUUAGUCUGCUAGCGGAAUUUAGUGUUUCCGUCGAUAUAACUGCGCUUUGUAGUCAGGACGUAGAAGAUAAAUGUAUCUUUUCUCGCUAGGUUGUAAAAUCUGCCAACAUCUUAUGCUUCUUUAGAUUCACUUUGGCCUGUUUGAAAAUGACUUCGAAGCGCCUCCUCGAUAAGAGUCCGGCUGCUGUGAGAGGGACCGGUGCCGGGCACGUAGUGUACGGGGGAAACUACUGCACUAAAGUCAGCGAGCACUUUUCAACAAAGACAGCAGGAGUUAUAACGAGAAAGAAAGCGCCCGCGACCGUAAACGGGUUUGACACCCAGGUAGUGGACACUUGCUCCCCGCAGGAGCCCAGCAAAGAACCCUGUACUAUUGGAAGCCAGUGGGCUUCAGGCAGAGAGAAGCACAAUAGCAAAAAAAAGGCCUUCUGUACAAGUGGGGAGCGUGAAAGGGAUGUGGGUCCAGGGGAGGUCCUGAAUUGCAGUUGUACUCAUCGUUUGAGCAUAAAUGGACAGAGGCAAGAGGACCACAUGCAAGUGGACUCCAUAAUUUCAUUAAGGAGCAUGUUGCCGCUACGUGUUACAGAUGUUUCUGUAGAGGAGAUCUACGCGUCCUCUCAUAUCCCCGUCCCUCGCAACAGGAAGCCCUCAGGCCAUGCUGAUAAGGAGGUGAUGGCAGCUACUGUCUUGACCACUCUGUCCACAAGCCCACUGGUGCUCAACCCUUCCCUUGGUGCCUCAGCAGGUGGAGUAUCUGAAACAUCCUGCAGGGGAUGGAAGGAGAGUCUGUCAGCCAGCUACAGCAGCUCCACCAGUGGCAACUGGAGCUGGGAUGCCAGUGACCAGUCAGUGCCCUCCACACCAUCCCCACCGCUAUCCACCGAUGUCAGCAAGAGCUUCCUGAUCUACUCACAGGGGGAGGACAACAUUGAGGAGGCAGAGAGCACCCACUUUCUGUUUGAGGACCCAAUUCCUCGGAAACGGAAGAACUCCAUGAAGGUGAUGUUCAAAUGUUUGUGGAAGAAUUGUGAAAAGGUCCUUAGCACUUCCUCAGGGAUCCAGCGGCACAUCCGCACCAUACACCUGGGGCGGAAUGGAGAUUCUGACUACAGCGAUGGUGAGGAGGACUUCUACUACUCAGAGAUUGAGGUGAACAUGGACAGUCUAACUGAAGGCCUGUCAAACCUCACACCGACCUCACCCACCACCAUUGGCCCUCCUCCUGUCUUUCCACUUGGCAGUGACCUGGCGCGAUCCAAGUCUGGCACUGUAGUCAACAGUCCGCUCAGCCAGUCAGCUCCCUCCACAUUGUGCCAUAUCCGUACUGACCAUGCCUACCAGGCCACUGCUCCUGUCAGCAUUCCUACCGUGUCCGCUGAGCCUUUGCACAGCCACAGGGAAAUCAGUGUUUCCUGGCAAUCACCUUCCAUUAUUUUUAAAAGCCAACCAGGUGCUCAUGUUGGCAUUUUGAGUGCUGGGGAGAAGAGACAGCCUGUCACACAUGCCAUCAGCAAGACGCAUACCACCACCAUAUCUACACCAAAACCUAGCACUGGAACCAGAAAACCCCGGGGAGAAGCAAAGAAAUGUCGCAAAGUGUACGGAAUGGAGAAGAAAGAUCUGUGGUGCACAGCAUGCCGCUGGAAAAAAGCUUGUCAGCGCUUUACUGACUGAUUUUACCCUUUUCUUACAAACACAACAGCUCUUCUAACACCAGUGUCUGAAACUGAUUCAUUGUUGACACCCUCUUGUGCACAGAUUCCAUUUGCUGAGGACUCUCACAGUUGGGUAAGGGGCUUUUCUAUUAAGUGAGCUGUUUUGUGUCCUCCACAUGACAGUGAAAUACUGUACAUGUAGCGCGUGUGAAACAUUGGAAAAAAGUUACAAAAAAUACAGAAUGCAUUACCUUUUGCAGCACUA